AUGUCCUCUAAACACAACAAGCACUUAAAGAGAGAAGUGGAUGGUUCAUUUCAUACACCACAGUGGCAUGCUGCUCGUUUGGCUAGUCUCAACACUACCCACACCAUCACCCGUUCGUUUUCUUAUAGACUUUCACCAGAUUAACCCUUUUUGCAACUUCUCUGUAUUGAAGCAGACACCGAUAAACUGAUGCGUGAGUAUAGAGCUCAGCUGGAUGCUGAAAGGGCCUUGAAACUCUCCAAGGGAAGGAACUAUUCUAGUGACAAGUCCCGGAAGGAUAAGAAAGACAGAGAUUCGUCAAAGAAGAAGAAGAGCAAAAAGGGAAAACAUUAUUCUUCCUCAGAGUCAUCAUCUAGGAGCGAUGAAGACGAAUCAAGAAGAUCAAGAUCAAGUUCUAAAAGAUCAAAGAAGGAGAAUAAGCACAAGUCCAGCAGAGACAAACGUUCUACCAGAAGUAAAGACGAAACCGAUGGCCCUGUGCCACUCUCUAGAUUCUUUGGCAAUUUGAAGAGUUGA